AUGAAAGACUUCCAUCUUUCAUACACGGACUUUAUGCUAGUACAGCCCUCUGACAACACGAUUCGCGACUGGAACCCAUCUCUCGGCCGGGCCUGUACGGCGGACGAUUUUCGGCCCGAUUUCUACUCUUCCCCGAAGAGUAGUUGGAACAAAUCUGUAACGGAAGUUUUCGUCGAAAGCUUCCUUGAUGCGGACACAUUCAGUUCUCAUGACGUUGCGGCCGUUCGGCGUGCAUUUGGGGCACGAUUAAAGUCACUCCGAAGGUCCAUGAACGUCGCCAGAAUGUCGCACAGCGAUUACUUGGAUCUCCAAGCGAAAGCCAGGAGAGACGAAAGAAAACGCACUAUGCCAAUGGGCUCACAUGCGGACAACUGGCAGCUUUUCUCGAGGCGCAUCAAUGCAGCUAUUGAGUUACCCGAACUCGCCGGAGAGCAUGUUCAUAUCCUUCAACGCCUUGGCGUGGAUGGGAUGAGCACAGACGAGUCGGACCAUGAACUCAUUGGGACCGGGAUUCCUCAAUUCCGCAUACGUAAGAAGGGAUGGAGGGAUGAGCGACUUGGCGUAUGGCUUCGCAAAUUCGAUGCUUUACAUCGCUUUCGUCGCUUCGCACCGAUUAGGCGUGCUGGACCAGGUGCGCAACCUCGUAUUCGACUCAUAUCCAACGUAUCCUCCACUCGCCCUCCCGUACCUGGCCUCCCAUUCAAUGCGUAUAAUGCAAAUUGGCUCCAACAUCUUCCUUCAUGGGGAGCAACUGAUCUUGAAGUUGAUUCUCGGAGAUACUGUUUUCAGUUCAACCCUCAAGCAGAGCACGUUGUCUUGGAAAAUAGUGGCCGGUUAGAUACCAUUGGUCACUACCCUUGA